GUUAACCCGCGCGCACGGGCUCUUCUGCUGCCCUGUUGAUUUAUUAUCGUUCCUGUAAUGUUUCCUUUCCCGCUCGCUAUUGCUAAGCCAAGAUGCAAUUCGACGUCUGAAUUUUACUUCUAAACUCAAUGCCAACAGGCAGACAGGCAGUUACGUAAACAGAAGGACGAGUCGGGGGUCUUGCUCUCGCCGACUCUCGACGGUCUCUGCGCCCGUCACACAGUGUGUGACACACGGUCAGAAAUGGCGGCGGUUCAGGAUGCUCCCGUGGAAGCGGACAAUGAGAAGGAAAUUAAGACUGAAACGUUGAACGAUGCAGCGGGGAACCAUGCCUCGGCCGCCGGGGGUGUCAUUCCUUCUCCUCCGGUGGCCUCCACGUCGUCGAGCGGGCCCGCCAAAGCCGGCGGCCCCGGCUCGGAGGAGCAGCAGACCCUGAUGGCCGUCCUGCAGUUCCUCAAGAAGAACAACUUCGUGGGCGCCGUGGACGUGCUGCGCCGGGAGGCCGGUAUACUGGAGGACUCGGACGAGUCCCAGGGACAGGAGCUGGCCGCGUCGGCGCUCGGCGGGGCCGAGGCUGGAGAUGCGACUUGCACCCUGAGCCGGGCUUCCAGCUGCACGACUAGCACCCCGGCGGUGGCCGCGGCGCCCGCCAAAGGUGGGGAGGACCAGCCGGACGUGAAUGUCGUUCUGUCCGCAUACAGCCAGCAGGGAGACCCAGCUUUGUACCAGGGUUAUUACAGUGGACUGAAAAAGUUUGUCGAGUCGGUUCUGGACUGUCACAGAGCUGAGCUUUCGCAGCUUUUCUACCCACUCUUUGUGCAUAUGUACUUGGAACUGGUCUACAACAACCACGAAACUGAAGCAAAAGCAUUUUUCGAAAAGUUUAGCGGAGAUCAGGAGUGUUACUACCAGGACGACCUUCGGGUGCUCUCUGGGCUAACUAAGAAAGAGCAUAUGAAGGGGAAUGAAACUUUACUGGAUUUCCGCACCAGCAAGUUUGUCCUACGUAUCUCCAGGGACUCCUACCAGCUGCUGAAGAGGCAUCUGCAGGAACGACAGAACAACCAGAUCUGGAACAUCAUCCAGGAGCAUCUGUACAUAGAUAUUUUUGAUGGCAUGCCACGCAGCAAGAGUCAGAUUGACAGUAUGUCUGGCAGUCUGGCCGGGGAAGCCAAGCGGGAGGCCAAUAAAGCCAAGGUGUUCUACGGGCUUUUGAAAGAACCAGAGAUCGACGUUCCUCUUGAUGAUGAGGAUGAAGAGGGUGAAAAUGAGGAGGGGAAACCAAAAAAGAAGAAACCUAAAAAAGACAGUAUGGGAUCAAAGAGCAAGAAACAAGACCCCAAUGCACCCCAGCAAAACAGAAUACCUCUUCCGGAACUGAAGGACUCAGACAAGCUGGAUAAAAUCAUGUAUAUGAAAGAGGCCACCAAAAGGAUUCGUCUGGGUCCUGAGAGCUUGCCUUCCAUCUGUUUUUAUACAUUUCUCAAUGCAUAUCAGGGUCUGACUGCUGUAGACUUCACAGAUGAUUCCAGCCUCAUUGCAGGUGGCUUUGCAGAUUCAACUGUGCGUGUGUGGAGCGUCACUCCCAAGAAACUACGGAGCGUCAAAUCAGCUGCAGAUUUGAACCUGAUUGAUAAAGAAUCUGAUGAUGUACUAGAAAGGAUAAUGGAUGAGAAGUCAGCCAGUGAGUCUAAGAUCCUAUAUGGACACAGUGGCCCUGUGUACGGUGUGAGUUUCAGUCCUGACAGAAAUUACCUUUUAUCCUGCUCUGAAGAUGGUACUGUGAGAUUGUGGAGCCUUCAGACUUUUACGUGUCUGGUGGGGUACAAGGGACACAACUAUCCUGUUUGGGACACCCAGUUCUCCCCAUACGGCUACUACUUCAUAUCUGGUGGACAUGACAGAGUUGCUCGGCUUUGGGCAACAGAUCAUUACCAGCCAUUACGGAUGUUUGCGGGGCACCUUGCUGACAUCACAUGCACCCAGUUCCAUCCCAACUCCAACUAUGUGGCCACUGGGUCUGCAGAUCGCACCGUUAGGCUCUGGGACAUUCUGAAUGGAAACUGUGUCCGCAUUUUCACAGGACACAAGGGGCCAAUACAUUCCCUAGCCUUUUCUCCUAACGGGAAGUAUCUAGCAUCAGGAGCCACGGAUGGAAGAGUUCUUCUUUGGGACAUUGGUCAUGGCUUGAUGAUUGGGGAGCUCAAAGGCCACACAGACACUGUCUAUUCCCUCAAGUUUAGCCGGGAUGGAGAAAUUCUGGCCUCAGGCUCCAUGGAUAAUACAGUGAGACUGUGGGACUCUAUCAAGGCAUUUGAUGACAUAGAGACAGAUGAUUUUACUGCAGCCACAGGUCACAUUCAUCUGCCUGAAAAUUCCCAGGAGCUACUGUUGGGAACAUAUAUGACUAAAUCCACACCUGUCAUUCAUCUGCACUUCACACGAAGAAAUCUACUUCUGGCUGCAGGGGCUUACAAUCCAUAGGAAUUUUGGCUUAAAAGCUAAAUUUUUAAAAUUGCAUGAUUUUAAGCUCUUGAAUUACUGUAAAGUAUGUUUCAGUGCAGCUCACCAAGCAUACAGAAAUUAUGAAAACAUUUUCAUGCCUGGAAGUAUUGAAUACUUUAUAGCUUUCAUUUGUAGGACACUGAAUUUACUAAGUAAUUCCCAUUUGUUUGUAAAGCUGCUGUUUUUAUACGAUCACUGCCAGUUUCA